GCUGCGAGCUGACUGCCAGCACCAAGUCCUACACGUUUCAGGUGGAUGAGGAUGAUGACUCUGACCACGUUUUGGCCUUGUCUGUGGUGUGCCUCACAGAUGGUGCCAAGGAUGAGUGCAACGUGGUGGAGGUCGUCGGGCGAAACCACAAGAACCAGGAGAUCGCUGUGCCGGUGGCAAACCUGAAAUUGUCGUGCCAGCCCUUGCUGAGCCUGGACAACUUCAAGCUGCAGCCUCCGGUGACGUUCCGCCUGGCAGCAGGCUCUGGCCCCGUGCACCUCGCCGGCUGGCACCAGAUCUUGCACAGGGAUGAUGCUUCCUUUGAGGAGGACGAUGAAGACGAUGAUGUGUCUGAGGAGGAGAUGGCGCCCAUCGUGCCGGCCAAGAAGGAGAGAAGGAAGCAGUGACUUGUCUCCUGGCGAGGUGCUCGCUGGGACUUCUCCACAGACAGCUGUUACCUCAGACCCCUCUCACCAGGACCUCAACUUUUGCUGCGUUUUUUUUUUAAUUUUCUGUUGUACCUUUCGGGGGCGGUGGGCCAGGGCCGCUCCCAGCACCGAGCUGUCUCCUUUCCCACAUCCACGGGAGGUGGUCCCGUCUCCCCACUCCCGCGCUGGGUUUCGGGGAUGGCGGUGCUCACCCUGUGCCUUUUUGCUGCCCUGGACCUCUGCUGUGUGCACGGCCCUGCUGGCUCUGCAGUGCUCGGCGUGCCCUGCCCCGGCGGCUGCGCGUGGUGGCAGCGGUGGGAGGCGGCGUCCUCGCUUCCAGGACGGUGCUGGGAGCUUCUGGGUCAGUCCGCUCUGUAGAACCGUUUUGACACGCUGAAUAAAGGUGCGGGCUUGGUGCGGUG